GAAGAGCACGAACCGCGCCGGCGCGGCCGGAGCCGGACGCGACCCCUGAACCCCGAUCCUCCAUGCCACCGCGGCUGCCGGCGCGGCUGCUGCACGCGCGGGGCAAGAUCACCGCAGCGCGGCACGUGGCGGCGCGGCACCUGGACCACGCCUUCGAGCGGCUCGCGACGGCGCACCUCCCGCUCGUCGCGGCCUCGCCGCUGCUGGACGCGCUGCGGGCGUCCCCCGAGCCGCUCGCACUCCCGGGCCUGGCGCGCCGCCUCCCGCUCCGCCUCCACCGCCGCGGCGCACUCCACUUCCUCCGCAUCUUCCCGCGCGUGUUCCACCUCCGCGCCCCGCUCCCGCUCUCCCUCUCGCUGACCCCCGCCGCCGCUGCCCUCCUCGACGUCGCCGCCUCCCCCACUGACGCGGCGCGGGCGCUCCAGCGCCUCCUCGCGAUGUCGGUCUCCCGCUCCCUGCCCCUCCGUGCCGUCUUCCGCGUCUGGCGCGAGCUCGCCCUCCCCGACGACUUCGAGGAUUCCGUCGUCGCUGGGCACCCUCACCUCUUCCGCCUCGCCCCCAACCCCGCCGAGCCCAACACGCACAUCCUACACCUCGUCGUGGAUCCGGCCACCGAGGACUUUACCCCGGCGGUGGAGAAGACCCGGCCGGACAGGUACGCCUUCAAGCUGCAGUUCCCGCCGGGGUUCAGGCUGACCAAGGAGUACCGCAAGAAGGUGAAGGAGUGGCAGCAGCUUCCGUACGUCGGCCCUUAUGAGGUGGUGAGUCCGAGGGCUGUGGGGAGCAAGAGGGUGUCGAAGCUGGCCAGGAGGAAGAUGGAGAAGAGGGCGGUGGGGAUCGCGCACGAGUUCCUGAGCCUGACAGUGGAGAAGAUGGUGGAGGUGGAGAAGUUCAGCCAGUUUAGGAAGUGGUUUGGAAUCGAGGUCAAUGUCCGGGACGUGUUCUUGGAUCACCCCGGGAUAUUCUACCUCUCGGCGAAGGGGAAGCGGCACACGGUGUUCUUGAGGGAGGCGUAUGGUCGUGGGAAGCUUGUUGAGCCUAAUGAAGUGUCUGAGGCAAGGAGCAAGCUCGUUGAGCUGAUGCUCCUGCGCCGCCAUGGGCUUGGGAACGCCAAUUCGAGUGCCAACAUGACUUCAGGUGCCACUGCUGACGCCAGAGAGAGCGGUGGUGGUUUGUGUGAGCACGAGGAUUGCUUGUUGGAUGAAUCAAAGAAGCAGGAGCAGUAAGGAUGUUGUCGAAAUAAUGGAGAAUCCUGUUUUGCUUAACAUGUUCAAGGGUGCUUGGCACACCUUUGAUGGGGUCGGUGGUGCAAUUCAGAGGCAGGAGGUUUGCGUGCCGACCAUAAGUCCAUAACCGGAUGAGAAGAUGGAUGAUUUUGAAGGAACAUUGGUCGGUUGUAUGCCAUGGUCAAUAUGCUUGUGCGAUGGAUUCAAUAUAGCUCUGGCUGUGGAUGCUUGAAACUCAGAUGUUUCUCGACUGGCUGUGGUUGUAGGCAAGGAUGAACUGUUAAAGUUUACUUCCGCUUAGUUCCCUGUAAGAAGAGUUUGUCCUGGUAAAUCAAUCUGCAAAGUAUUGCUUAAUGUCAGGUAAUUUUAUAUGAUAUGUUUCAUGCGUUUGCUCUAGUUCAUCACUCUGGUCCUUUGGAGGUAGUCCUUUGGCUAUAGCUACUGGCUGAAGUGCACCAUGACAGUGUCUGGUUGGUGGCAUUACCUGAAUGGAAGAUCCAGGCGCGCUUCUGCAAUUUGUGCAACUCUAGCCAUUACAGCAACAUUCUAUGCUUCAUCAGGGCCACCAGGAUGUGUGGAAUUGGUGAUGGACGGCUUCAGGCACAUACACUACAAGUUCAGCUUACCAUGGAUUAUUAUGGGGAUCAGUUCAUGCCAAGCCAACCCUGAUUUGGGAACCCUGGGUGCCUCUGAAGUGCAAUUUUUCUGCCGGUUGGCAUUGCAAAACCAGUGCAUGAUGUCCUAAUGGUCGAAUUACCCGAUGCUACUUAAGAUUCAGUUAUGCUUAUAGAGAGACAGUUCAGCGCCUUCUAAUACAAUGCUCAUACAGUUUCAAAACCGCACAGUCCCAGUUCAACAUGCAAGGUUGGUAUUGCUGUCUGUUUCUUCAUAGCUAGCAAUUUCAUUGGCGGCAAAUGUGUUACAGUCCCCUUCUUGCUUGGUGCAUACCACAUAGCACGGCUGUUUUCUGAAGUUUACACCACACUACAGUUGUUUCUUUCCUACCCUGUAACCAGUGCUUUGUGUUCUUUCAGGAACAAGAUGCGGUUAUAAGCGAAGAAACAUGCACUUUUUCCAUGUUGUCGGUUGUCACCAUUGUUGAAAUUUGAAAUUCCCCUUCAGGUUCUUCCAAUUCUCCGGGUGCUCUUCAAAUCUUUCAUUUUGGAGAGGGAAGGAAACAAUUCUAUUCAAGAAGCAAGGAGUGAGAAGUCUGCCCAACUGAAGCUACUCUGCACAUUUCCUAUUUGAUCCUCUGAAAUUACAAUGGAUUAUGGAUGUUCAGGAGUAAAAC